AUGUACGACAAUGGGAACGCUUGUGGCCGGCGCGUGCAAAGGAGGCCCCGCUGCGCACCCUGUUGCAAUUCUUUCAUGUUUGGCCUGCAGCUGCACGCGGGUUGCAUCCGGGUGAGUACUGCUGUACAGCUGUUGACUGGCACUUUCAUAGCAGAGCCCCCUCCAGUGACAGUGCCAUCUCGUGCCUCUCAUACUGGCCUGAACGGACUUCCACAACACAGCGGUCAUUACAGAGUGCGGCCAGCACUAAAUUCCUCUCUCAAUGCUUUUGUCGAAGUUCAACAGAACAAUGCCCACUCGCUGACCAAGUGA